AUGAGGCUCAUACUGCCCCUCUUCCUCCUCCUAUCCCUCCUCACCAGCUCCCAUGCAACAGGGCCAACGGCGACUUUGCAAGUGAAGCUGAAGACUUUUCUGGCCAAUGUCUCCCAUGACUCCAGCUUCCUGGAAUUGCCUGGAAAGCUCUGCCUCCUCCUCCACCUCCCAUCAGGGACCAAUGUCACCCUCCAUCAUAAAGGACCCCCGCACCACUUUACCUGCAAAGACUGAGAACAACUGAAGCCCGUGUUAGCCAGGGCAUUUAGCCUCAGGUGCUGGGACCAUGCCUUGAACCCGCCUGUCUUCCAGUAGUCCCUCGUUUGCUGCAUGCCAAUAAAUACAGUGAAUACAGUGCUUCAGUGGGUCCAUGCACUGGGUGGGCAAGGGGAGCAGGAUACUCAAGUCUGACUCCCAGCUGCUGAGUGUGGGGUUUAUGGUCUUUCUCAACACCACAAAGGCCUAAAAGGAAUCUGGGAAAUUAAGUAACUGCACACAUACACACAACUUUUGGGCUUCGGGACACUCAGGAAUACAGGAAAAUUAAGUUAGGAAUCCCUACUUUGUUUUAAGCCUAUUACUUAGAACAUUCCAUGUGGCAACCUUAAAUGUCCCAUGUUAGGUAUCAUUACUUUAUUUUACAAGUAAGGAAAUUGAAACUUAACGUGACUCACUCGACUUUCAAUGGCAGUGGAGAGAUUAGACACCAGCUAGGUGUAUGUUUAAGCAAGAUUUUAA